AUGGGAGGCAAAUGCCCGCACCGCAAGGUCAAGAAGCGCCGCCUCUCGCACAAGACGGCUCGCCGCGGCAAGUUCCUCCUCAAGGCCGACGAUGCCGUCUACGACGAGCUCGUCAAGCUGGCCGACCAGGGCAAGGACGCUGAAGCCAAGGAGCUCCCCGUCGAUGAGGACCUCCCAGGCAUGGGACAGUUCUACUGCCUCCACUGCGAGUAUGAUGUCCCCCUCUCCUCUCCUUCCUGUCCCUUCCUUCCACCGUUCUGCUAUUUCGUAUCCUCUGCUAGGUAUGUGCCCGUACGUUGCUACGGGCAAAAAAUCCAUGCCAUAUGUAUUUCUCAAUGA